AUGAAUAACAGUAAUAAUAGUAAUAACAGUCAAAUCAACUAUCUAACAGAUAGAUUAUCUAAUCUAAUACUUUUAGAUAUCAUAUCAAAGAUAGACAACAAUGUAGAUAUGAUAUGCUUUUUACUGACUUGUAAAAGAUUGUAUCAUUCUAUUGGACAACAAUCAAACAAGAGUAUAAGGUUUAAAGGAUUGGCUUAUUUUGAUAAAUUGCAACCAAACAGUUUGAAUGAAUGGCUUGUUGGAAGAUUACCAAACUGUCUACCAACAUUUAGACAAAUCGUUCAAAACUCUCUUUCAAAUCAAAUGGUACUAGUCAAUCGAUUGGAUACCUUUGCAAAGUGUAAAGAGUUAGUCAACGUUUAUCACAUGUAUUAUGAAGAUGAUAGUAGUAAUACCGAUGCUGAUAAGGAUGAUGAUAAUAGUACUGAUCGAAAUAAUAAUAAUAGUAACGAUAAUGACAAUGAUAUAAAGAUUGAUAGUGAUACUAAUAGUAAUAGUAGUAGUGAUGAUAUUGCUUAUCAUUAUGAAGGUGAAAUGGAACAAGUUCAAAAUGUUUUAGUAACAGUUGAAGAUUCUACUAUUGAAUCUCAUCCAAAGAUACCAUCAUCAACAAAAUCAUUAAUCAUACAUUACAAUAAUGAUAAUUUCUAUGCACCACCACCCAACUAUAUACCACCAUCAGUCAAAGAUGUUGUUUUCCAUUGCGAACAAUUCCAAUGUGACCAAGACUUUAUUCCAGAUACUGUCGAAUCGUUAGAGAUGAAUACAAACCGGUUAAGUGGUAAUGUCAAGUUACCCAGCAAACUAAAGUCACUUGUUUGGAAACAUAAUCACUCUUCUUAUCGAAACCUAUCACUGGAUAUGAUACCAUUUCACAACCUCUCAUCACUUACCACUUUGAAGAUAAAUAUUGCAGAUUAUGGAAAUGGGGUGGUAGUACUACCUCCAACCCUAACAUCACUUGACCUCACAUUUUCCGACAUUAUCCCAGACAACCUACUUCAACCAUUGAAAUCUUUAACCAAUCUUCGAAUCGAUGGAGAACAUAUAACCAAUAUUAAUCUCCAAUCACAAACUUGUUUGAAAAGUCUCUUUUUGGAAGAAGAUUUUUAUGUAAAUCUUCCAGUGACAUCAACUAUUGUCAAUUUAAAAGUAUAUGGAUCUGUUGACUUUAUUCCACAAUCACUGGAAUCUCUUCAAAUUGGUUCUGAUCACUUGAUUGAACAGUACCAAGUGAACCCAAAUCCCCUUCCAGCAACACUGAGACAUCUCGGCAUCAUAGUCUAUCAUUCGUCUUUAUCUACUAGUAUGAUACCAGAUGGAGUAACCAGUCUUGUUCUAGAUAUUGGAAGUAGUGAACAGGUAGAGUUGGAUGGAUUAAUCCCAAUAUCAGUCGAGAAACUACAACUAACUGGUUUGUUUGGAUGGUUUGGUCAAGCUACUCUCUCCACUCUUCCCAAUUCCAUCAAAUCAUUAAAGUGGACAGAUAAUCAUGAUUAUAGAACCAUUUCUUUUUCAUUCCCAGAACAUUUGGAGACACUGGAAUGGAUGCCAGGUAAAAUAGAGAAUGUCUCUUAUCCAUCUUCACUCACAUCACUUUCCAUUGAAAUACCACCUCAUUCUGGCAAAAUAGAGUUUUCAUUAUCUAAAAAUCAUAUGAUCAACAAGAAUGGAAUGUUUCUACCACCUAAUAUCAAAUACUUGACAUUUAUUUGUUCAGCAUUAACUAAUGAUGUAUCAUUUAGAUUGGAUGAGAUUAUCAAACAAACCAAUGUUCAAGAGUUGACUAUUCAAAUCAAUGAAGAUCCUGAUGAUGAUUUUAAUUUCCAAAUUUAUGAAUAUAAAUGGGCAACAUUUAGCAUUCGUAGAUUGUUGGAUGAUAAGAACCCACAAGUAUUGAUUGUUGAUAAUCAAUCAAUGUUUGGAGGUUUCAUCACACUACCAUCAUCAUCAUCAUCGCAGUCGUCACCAUUGUAUCUUCGCUACCUCAAAAGUGGUGCAUGUCCGACAUGGGGUCUAUCCAUUUAA